GGUACCGACACUUCCUUCGUCAUCAGCGUUAACGCGUCGCUACUUUCUCUGUGUCUCGCGCGCGGUGCGGCGGUGCGCAGCGGAGCUGAGCGGCGCGCGCAUUAACGGGAGCACCGAAUUUGGGAGAUCCGCUGUCUGUGAGAAAGAGUCCACACCAGUGAGAGGACACGGAGAUGGAGCCCCGCUGCCCGCGCGUGCACGCACUCCGCUACAGCUGACUAAAGCACGCGCCACCAUGAGCACCGGAGCGCGCGCCAGCUCAUCACCGGCGGUGGCGGCGCACGCGGAGGGCGAAGAGAUAGAAGUGCUGGAGAGCGGGGACACCGAGACCGACCUCCCCGCGGACACCCAGUGGAAAUCUCUGUUUGAUAAGUAUGACCCAGAGAGUUCGGGCUUCAUUAGCGCAGAGCGUUUGCGUGACCUGCUGGAGACACACGGCUCUGAACUCGACACACACAAGCUGGAGGUUCUGCUGGCGCUCGCCAACGGGAACGCGGAGGGGAAAGUCCGCUAUCAGGACUUCAUCAACCUGAUGAGUAAUAAACGCUCGAACAGUUUUCGGCGAGCAAUCCAGCAGGGAGCGCGGCAGCUGAAGGGCUCCAGUCUGAGGGAGGAGGUGGGACUCGGCCUGUCUCAGAGACUCGUCAGACACGUGGCGUACGAGACGCUGCCACGCGAAGUGGACCGCAAGUGGUAUUUCGACAGCUACACCUACUGCCCCCCGCCCUGGCUCAUCCUGAGCAUCACCUUCGCCGAGAUGGUGGUGUUUCUGUACUACGGGCUCCUGCUGGGCCGCUGGGUUCUUCAGGUUUCAUCUCCAUCGUUCCUGAAGAGCCCUCUGCCCUACCACCCUCAGCUCAGGUCUCAGGCCUGCCGCUUCCUCACCUACAUCUUCAUGCACACUGGAAUCGAGCACCUGGGUCUGAACAUGGCUAUGCAGUUGCUGGUUGGUGUUCCUCUGGAGAUGGUGCAUGGAGCCGCCAGGAUCGGUCUCAUCUACAUGUGCGGUGUCCUCGCAGGUUCUCUUGUCGUAUCUGUAGUAGACAUGGCUGCCCCUGUGGUCGGGUCAUCAGGGGGAGUUUACGCCCUCGUCUCCGCCCACCUUGCCAACGUUGUCAUGAAUUGGUCGGGGAUGAAGUGUCAGUUUAAGUUGUUCCGGAUGGCGAUGGCGCUGGUGUGCAUGAGCGUGGAGUUCGGCCGCGCUGUGUGGUUGAGGUUUUAUCCCCCUGCCAUGCCCCCGUGCCCCAACCCGAGUUUCUGUGCCCACCUGGGUGGGGUGGCGGUGGGCCUGACGCUGGGUGUGGUCGUGCUGCAGAGCUAUGAGCAGCGGCUCUACGAACAGUUCCUCUUCUGGAUCUUCAUCAGCGUCUACGGCCUCUUCGUCCUCUUCGGGAUCUUAUGGAAUGUUUUUGCUUAUAGCCUGCUGGACAUUAAACUCCCACCAGCACCAUGACCAGCGUAGUAUGUGUGUGUAUGUGUGUGUGUGUGGAGGUUACCAUAACCUUUAAUCUUUGGCUGUUUGUGACUUGAGAACCAAAUGCUAAUUACCUCACUCCAAGCGUGUGUGUGUGUGUGUGUGUGUGUGGGUGGGUGGGUAUGUAUACGUGUUUAGUGCCUAAACUUGCAUCAUCAUCAUUGCUGUGUGCUGUCCAAGAAAAACAAAAGAUGCAGCAGAAUAGAAUGUGAAAGCAAGGGAAAAGAGGAGAAACGACAGAGUAAUCUAAUCCGAAUCUGUCAAAGCAGCAGUGAGGCUAAUUAUGCUAAUGUGGCUAAACGGUGAACUAGCGCUAAGUUGAUAAGCCGGAAAUAAAUUAGCGAUAAUUUGCGAGGAAAUCGAUGAUGAAAUAAUAACCUAAAAAUCUUUACUUUCUUUGUGUUUAUUAAACACCAAGAGCCUGAAGGUGAACAUUAGGUAAUAAUUCAUGGGGGCGGAGUCAAACUGGGUUAGAGUCUGUAGACCCACCAACUCGUUGUUCAAGCUUUAGAGGUUUACACGGUUUUGUUUUUGUUACAUUUAUACGUUUAAGUAAAUUAAUGAUUUUAAUGUAGCAUACAAGGUUACAGUUUGAUAUCUUUAUAUUUAUUGCACUAGUUUAUUCUUGUUGUUUUUAAUUUAAUAAUUCAAUAAUGUAUAAAGGGAUAUACCAAGCUCAUUAACAUAAACGUACCGUUACCAUGGCAGUCAGAAAUCAGUAAAUAUUAGUUGAAACAGAAACAUGUACGACGAUGCCGCUACGUUUCCGCUUUCAUUUUCCUGUUAAUAAAAAUACGCUAGUCUUAAGUUAUGCUAGUUCGCUAAAAAUGAAAUCGGGACAUUUAUUCUAGUAGUUUCUAUCUUACUGGUUCAUAAAUUGAUCGCAGCACAGCUUGGUGAUACUGUUCGAACUUGUAUUAUGUUUUCCAUCAUGCUAAUUAGCAUCUGCUAAACUUUAUUCUCUGUAAGCGUGUUUUAAUUAAAGAUCACAGUGCCACUGUCAAGUUUCCGGAAUUAGCGUUCGGUAAUUAGCCCUCAGCUGAACGCUUUCUGAUUUCUGUUCUGAGACCAGACCAAAAAAAAAAAGCGCUGCUCUGACGUAUGCUCAUCGUAAAUUCGUUCUAAUUUAAAUCUUGAUGAGUUGUGCUCCAGCAUGUGUGUGUACUAGAAAUUUCUAGUUAUAUUUUUGCUAAGAUGAGAGUGCGCUAACUUUUCUUAACAUUGCCAAAAAAUUAUGCAUCAUCUUUUCUUCAUCACACGUUACGCCUCAGUUGCACCUGAAAGGAAUCCUUCACUCUGUUUGCGCCGUCGAUGCUAUUCAGCAGCAAGACGCCGGAUUUAAAGGAAUAUGUAAUUAUAAAUGGUGAAGGUCAUGGAAAAACAUGUGUAUGUAUAGCAUAGCUGUGAAUCAGACACUGGACUAAUUGGUUCUGCGUGAUGCUAAUGAAGUGUUUGUGUGUGUGUGUGUGUGUGUGAGAGAGAGAGAGAGCGUUAUUUAUAGAUGGUGCUAGUGAACAUAUGAAUGGAAUGUUCCCAUCAGGCGUGAUUUUACUUUGACGAUGUAAUCGUAUCGCAUCAAAAAAAAGUUCUUCGGAUUUGCCCCAAAAAAUGCUUCCAUUCAAUCAGCCAAUCAGAAAUCAGCACUGGUUAAACAGUGUCGUUAGCAUCAGCCUUUUCUUUAACAUGUAGCAUACACACAGCUAGCUGAAAGAAACUAAGGCUAACAGUGAUCGGCUAACUGAUUAUCAGCACACGCCUAGCGUCGAGUUCAGUGACUGUUCUGAGAUCAGUUGUUUUUUCAGUCUAUGCACAAACAUUCAGCACGGCAGCCAGAUAAACCUGCUCCCGGAUCAGUUAUAACAGUGUCCGGACAGCGCUCGUAGCUAACAGCACACAACUGGACUGUUUAACAUGCUAAUACAGCGAGUUCUAACCUCCUGCCAGACAGCUGUCUCUCCUCACAACACAAAUCCAGCAUUUUAAUUCUUUAACAUGAACAUUUAAGCUUUUUUUUAAUUGGUGGUUGAGCCGCGAUCUAAGCCGCGAUCUGAGGAAAUGCGCUAAAGUUAAUAGCUAGUCGUUAAAUAGCUGUUACAUAGAGCUACGGUUACGCUAUAACAUUUGAAAAUUUUAACAUGUGCUUUUUUUUGUACAUUUGGUAUGGAAAUA